CAAGCUAUCUAGCUCUCUACAUUGUAUACUUCUAAAAAUAUAUAUAUAUCGGAAAUGGCUUCUGGGGCUUGGAGAAUCGUUUUGUUAUCUCUUUUUUUCUUUAAUGUUUUUGUGGUGAGUGUUGUUGCGAGGGAUAUUGCAGUUACUUCGAAGGAAGAUGAGGAGGAGAAGACGUUAGAACAUGGGAAGGGAGAUGGCUUUGGUGUUGGACUCGGUGGCGGUGGCGGCUUCGGAGGCGGCGGAGGGUUUGGUGGUGGUGCUGGUGGCGGCUUUGGUAAGGGUGGUGGUUACGGUAAAGGCGGUGGUGGUGGCUUUGGCAAGGGUGGUGGAGGAGGCGGCGGUUACGGCAAGGGUGGUGGAGGAGGCGGCGGUUUCGGAAAGGGUGGAGGAGGCGGCGGCGGGUAUGGGAAGGGUGGAGGCGGCGGCGGCGGCUUUGGCAAGGGUGGAGGAGGGGGGGGGGGCUUUGGAAAGGGGGGAGGAGGCGGCGGGGGCUUUGGAAAGGGGGGAGGAGGCGGCGGUUACGGCAAGGGUGGUGGAGGCGGUGGCGGUUUUGGCAAGGGUGGAGGAGGAGGUGGAGGCUUUGGAAAGGGUGGUGGCUAUGGAGGAGGACAUGGGAAAGGUGGUGGUGGAUAUGGUGGUGGAGGACAUGGGAAAGGUGGUGGUGGAUAUGGUGGUGGAGGACAUGGGAAAGGUGGUGGAUUUGGAGGCGGCGGUGGCUUUGGAGGGGGACACGGAAAGGGCGGUGGAUUUGGCGGAGGUGGUAAGGGUGGUGGCUACGGUGGCGGUGGUGGAUAUGGAGGCGGUGGCGGUGGUGGCUAUGGUGGCGGCGGAGGUGGUGGCAAUGGACACCCCUAAAUUAAGUUCACGAUGUAUGCAUAGUUAGUGAUCACGAGAUGGAUGCAAAAAUAAUAAGUUCACAAAUUUGAUAGUAUUUUAAGCGCAUGCAUACCUAAUAUGAUAGACGUUUGGCGCAACUAGUAAUAAUCUCCGUCAUGUCUUCUUCUGCGUAUUCUCUUCUAUGAAAUUAAGUUCAUGUAUUCUUCAAUAUAAAUGCUAGAAAAGAGUGGAGAGGCAAUUAUGUACAAGUGUGUAUCUGCUUUCCUUAAUAAAAUCUGUUUACUUUUUGAGUUAUACAUAUUAACUACUUUUUCUUA